UUCGCUUACACUCGAGCUUGACCUUCAGAUAUGUCUUUCCUUGGUUACCAAGCACAAAUUGAUCAAUCCUUCUGUGAAGCGCUUUGCCACCUUGCCGAAACGACGCGUACGCACGGCGAGCGACGCGCCACGGGAAACUAAUCGCAGUGAGGUUCUGCAAUGACAGACGACCUCUCAGUCAUCGGAGCAAACGGUCUCGACGGCGACGCGUAGACACUCGGCUUUGCUCACGGAGGUCACCUAUAUAAUGGAUAGACCGAGCUCUGGUCAUUCGUCAGUCGCCGCUCUUUUCUUUGCAUAUUCGAGCAUCUCUCCUCCAGCUUAAGCACAACACAAUGUCCUUGCCUACACGCAAGAUUGGUGACGCGAACGUUAGUUGCGUCGGCUUUGGAGCGAUGGGUUUGUCGGCAUACUACGGCUCCCCAAUGAUAGACGAGGAACGCUUCAAAGUCUUAGAUGCCGCUCACGAGCAGGGCUGCACGUUCUGGGACACAUCGGACAUCUAUGGAGACAGCGAGGAUCUCAUCAGUCAGUGGUUCAAGCGCACCGGCAAGCGCAGCGAAAUCUUCCUUGCCACGAAAUUCGCUUUCCGCGCGAUCGACAGCAAGGGUGCCACCCUCGAUGGUACCCCGGAAUAUGCGAGACUGGCCAUCGACAACUCUCUGAAGAGGCUCGGUGUGGAUCAGAUUGAUCUAUGGUAUCUUCACCGGCCGGACGCGAACGUUCCAAUCGAGCUCACUAUUGGCGCCAUGGCAGAAGCAGUCAAAGCUGGCAAAGUCAAGUACAUUGGCAUCUCUGAGUGUUCCGAGGACACUCUCCGCCGUGCACACGCUGUGUACCCGAUCGCAGCCGCCCAGUUCGAGUACGCACCCUUCACACUGAACAUCGAGGACCCGCAGAUUGGGAUCUGGAACGCGUGCAAGGAGCUCGGUAUCACGCUCGUCGCAUAUAGUCCGCUCGGACGCGGGCUACUCUCGGGCAAACUCGACCCCGACGCGCUGAGUGACAAGGACAUCCGCAAGUUAUUCGACUUCCCGCGCUUCCAGAAGGAGAACUUCCAGCUCGUGCUCAAGGUCGUCGACACGCUCACCGAGAUCGGCAAAAGGCACGACGCGACGUCUGCGCAGGUCGCCCUCGCGUGGCUGCUCGCCCAGGGCCCAAACGUUAUCCCGAUCCCGGGAACCACCAACGUUAGGCGCCUUGAGGAGAAUGCCAACGCGAGACACGUCAAGCUCACUCCUGGGGAGGUGAAGGAGAUUCGCGAUGCUGUUGAACGCGCGGGACUGCACGAGGUCCCACGCGUCGCAAAAGGCUUUUCGCACAUGAGCUACGUCGACACGCCUCAGCUGUACAAGUAAGAUCUCAUUUAGCCUACCAUCCAAAGUCUACAAUAUCUUGGGUUGAUCCUUCCAAUGUCUAUUUGCACAAUCCAGAAGCAUAGUAAUCCAGGUACUAAGACAUGAUGGUGCAACUUUGCACAUACUGAAUGGAGAAAAUUCAUUGAG